AUGGGCGUCGGCAAAAUACCCGAGUUUGACGUGAAAGCUGGAAAUUGGACUAUGUACUGUGAGAGGUUAGAAAUGUAUUUCCUCGCGAACGAUAUUAAGGAUGAAGUGAAGUUGCCAACAUUAAUCGCCGUAAUGGGAGAAGAUGCAUAUCAAUUGUUAUCUACGUUAGCAAGCCCCAAACAACCUUCAUCUUUGACCUUCACUAACGCGGUGAAGCUGCUAAAGGAUCACUUGCAACCGAAGCCCUCCAUCUUGGCCGAACGCUACAGAUUUCGACAGCGGCGCCAGGCAGAGGGAGAGAGUGUAGCUGAGUAUGUGGCUGAACUGAAGAAGUUAGCAAAAACAUGCGAUUUUGGUACCUCGUUAGAAGAUAAUCUUCGCGACCAACUUGUUUGUGGCAUUGUCAGUGAGUCGACGCGGCAAAGAUUGUUUGCGGAGGACGGAAUUGGCUACUCGAGGGCGGUCAGCUUGGCUACGACACUGGAGGCGGCAGAAAAGAAUGCAGUCGCCGUAGAUCGUGACGCUAAGGUUAUCACGGGUGUACAUAAACUAGAAGCGAACCAUAAAUGUAUGGCGUGCGGGGAGAUUGGGCAUAAAACGGAAGGCUGUAAAUAUAAAAACUUUAAGUGUAGUAUGUGCAAAAACAUAGACCACUUAAGAAGGAUGUGCCCUGAGAAAAAUGCAAGAUUCGGAGUGACGGAAACGGCGGGCAGCCAGUCACAAUCACGCGGAGACGGCGUGAUCUAUAACGGUAGCGGAGCACGCGGUAACCGAUCAGCUGGGAGAGGCGGCAGCGGGCGCGGGCGCGGGCGCGGAGGGGCUCGGGCCGCCGAGGCACAAACAACUAUUGGGUGCACGCGCACCGGGCAUCAGCUGACGAGGCAUGAGUCAUUGUUUGACGGCACCCUGGGGCGGUACACGGGCGGCACGGUGCGGCUGCAUGUACGCCCGGGCGGGGGCCCGGUGUUCUGCCGCGCGCGGCCGGUGCCGUUUGCGCUGCGGCCGCGCGUUGACGCCGAGCUUGACGCCAUGCUUGAAGCGGGCGUCAUCCGGCCCGUCAGCCGCUCCGACUGGGCCACUCCUCUGGUGAUUGCUCGUAAGGCGGACGGCGGAAUACGGCUGUGUGCGGACUAUAAGGUAAUGAAAGAGCUGCACGACACACACAUGGGUGUUGUUAAAACAAAGGCGUUAGCACGGAGCUACGUGUGGUGGCCGGGAGUGGACGAGGCUGUGGAGGCGGCCUGCGGCGGCUGCGAGGUGUGCGCCAGCGUGGCAAUGGCAAGCGCGCCGCCCGGCCACGCACCGAGCCCCUGGCCAUGGCCCAAUCGCCCAUGGCGUAGAAAUAGCUCAUUAAUUGUUCCGCAAGUAGAUAGAGGCGAGCUGGAACCAGAGGAACGACCAGCGGAGCCGAUUAGAGCUGGCGCGAGCGAGGCUGCGACUAAAGACGCUUCCCCGCAGGCUGCCGCCGUGGACCAGCCCCAGGUUGCAACCGAUAUGGGUGAUAAUAUGUGUCCACCUAAAAGGGUACCUAAACCUCCUAUACGUUUCGGAUUUGAGGAAUAUUUUUAG